CGGGACUUCCGCCCUUAUUGAUAAGCGCCGGGCUGCACAACUGGUGGGAGGAGCGCCCGGGAGGCCCCGCCCCCGGCGUCCCGUGGCCAUGACGACGGCCCAGCGGGACUCCCUGGUGUGGCGGCUCGCGGGGCUGCUGCGGGAGUCGGGCGAUGUGGUCCUGUCUGGCUGUAGCACGCUGAGCCUGUUGACUGCCACCCUGCAGCAGCUGAACCAUGUAUUUGAGUUGCACCUGGGGCCAUGGAGCCCUGGCCAGACAGGCUUUGUGGCUCUGCCCUCUCACCCCGCCGACUCCCCUGUCAUCCUCCAGCUUCAGUUCCUCUUCGAUGUGCUGCAGAAAACUCUUUCACUCAAGCUGGUACACGUCCCUGGUUCUGGGCUUCCAGGGCCCAUCAAGAUUUUUCCCUUCAAGUCCCUUCGGCAGCUGGAGCUCCGAGGUGUCCCUCUUCACUGCCUCCGGGGCCUCUGUGGCAUCUACUCGCAGCUGGAGACCCUGAUUUGCAGCAGGAGCAUCCAGGCCCUAGAGGAACUCCUCUCAGCCUGCGGCGGUGACCUCUGCUCUGCCCUGCCCUGGCUGGCUCUGGUCUCUGCCAACUUCAGCUACAAUGCACUGACUUCCUUAGACAGCUCCCUGCGUCUCUUGUCAGCUCUCCGCUUCCUGAAUCUGAGUCACAAUCAAGUCCAGGAUUGCGAGGGCUUCCUGAUGGACUUGUCUGAGCUCUACCAUCUGGACAUCUCUUAUAACCACCUGCGUUUAGUGCCGAGAGUGGGACCCUCGGGGGUGGCUCUGGGGACCCUGAUACUGCGAGGCAAUGAACUCCGGAGCCUGCAGGGCCUGGAGCAGCUGAAGAACCUUCGGCACUUGGACUUGGCAUACAACCUACUAGAAGGACACCGGGAGCUGGCGCCACUGUGGCUGCUGGCUGAGCUCCGCAAGCUCUACCUGGAAGGGAACCCUUUGUGGUUCCACCCUGCGCACCGAGCGGCCACCGCCCAGUACUUGUCACCCCGGGCCAGGGAUGCUGCAACUGGCUUCCUCCUUGAUGGGAAAGUCUUGUCAGUGACCGACUUUCAGACCUCCACGUCCUCGGGGCUUGGCUCCUCGGCCACACCUCUGCAUGGGCCAGCUGGGAGUACUGUCGAAACCUCAGGUGGCCCUGACCUGAGUGACAGCAUCUCCUCUGGGGGCAUUGUGGCCCAGCCGCCUCACCGGAAGGUCAAGAGCCGGGUCCGUGUGAGGCGGGCAAGUAUCUCAGAACCCAGUGAUACAGACCCAGAGCCCCGGACUCUGGAUCCCUCCCCGGCUGGGCGGUUUGUGCAGCAGCACCGGGAGCUGGAACUCUUGAACAGCUUCCGGGAACGGUUCGGCUGUGACUGGCUGCAGUACAGGAAUCACCUGGGGGCGUCUGGGACCCCUGUUGUGGCCACGUCCUCCAAGACCCCUGCCCUCAGCACGCUGCCCCUGAGCCCAGGGUCUGUGCCCGGACCUCCGCCCCCAGAGAAGGAGUCCCCGCAGGAAACGGCGGAGGAGGUCAGGCCAGAGCCGGAGCUCCAGGAGGAAGGGGGGCUGGAGGAGCAGGGGAAAGAGGAAGAAGGAAAGGAGGACGAGGAGGAGCAGGAGCCCGAUGAAGUGGAAGUGGAGCUGUGUCGCCCCAUGUUGGUGUGUCCCCUGGAGGGGCCGGACGGUGUGCGGGGCAGGGAAUGCUUUCUCCGGGUCACCUCCAGCCACCUAUUUGAGGUGGAACUCCAAGCAGCUCAGACCCUGGCCCGCCUUGAGCUCCAGAGCCUGGAAACGGCUGAGGUGGAGCCUGAGCCUCAGACCGAGAGGCGGGCAGCGCUCGAGGGCUCAGAUCCCCUCCCCGGGGCCCCUGUCCUCGUUCUUCGUUUCUCCUACAUUUGCCCUGACCGGCAGCUGCGUCGCUAUGUGGUGCUAGAGCCCGACGCCCAUGCAGCUCUCCAGGAGCUGCUUGCUGUGUUGACCCCAGCAGCCACCACGGCUCAGCGUCAGCUUGGGGAAGCAAGAGACCCGCUGCGGGGCAGACUCCAGUGUCUCCGCUGUGGCCAGGAGUUCAAGCCAGAGGAGCCCAGGUUGGGGUUGGACAGUGAGGAAGGCUGGAGGCCUCUGUUCCAGGAGACAGAAUCUCCAGCUGUGUGUCCACACUGCGGUAGUGAUCAUGUGGUUCUCCUGGCUCUGUCUCUGGGAGCCACCAGCAGGGAGCCUGGGCAGGGAGAACAGUCGCCAGCGCCCUCGCAGACGGUCAGCGCCGUCCCCGACCCUCCGGGGCACAGUGACCCCGGCAGCAGGGCUGACAGGGCCCCGUCCCCAGCACCGGUCUCCCAGGAUCGCCACAGUUGGAGCCUCAGUCCCCCCCCUGAGCGCCAUGGCCUCCGCUCUGUGGACCACCGGCUCCGGCUCUUCCUGGAUGUCGAGGUGUUCACCGAUGCCCAGGAGGAGUUCCAGUGCUGCAUCAAGGUGCCGCUGGUGCUGGCCGGCCACUCUGGGGAGUCUGUGUGCCUGGUGGUGGUGUCUGACCACAGGCUUUACGUGCUGAAAGUGACGGGGGAGAUAUGUGGGCCUCCAGCCAGCUGGUUGCAGCCAGCCCUGGCCGUGCCCCUGCACGACCUGAGUGGCAUCGAACUGGGGCUGGCGGGACAGAGUCUGCGGCUGGAGUGGGCUGCCGGUGCAGGCAGCUGCAUCCUGCUGCCCCGAGAUGCCAAGCGUUGCCGGGCCUUUCUGGAUGAGCUCACCGGAGAACGAAAGGUCUUGAGAGGUGGAGAGGUUGGGAUAGAGGAGAGGGAGCGUCUGAAGCUCCCCGUCCCUGGCUGGCUCUGUCCAGAUGUCUUGCAGGCUCUGCCCCCCAGCUGGAGGAGCGGUGUCAGGGCCACAGAGGAGGAGGUGACCCCGAAGCACCGCCUCUGGCCGUUGCUGGAGAGAGACUCUUCCUCCAGGCCUCCCCUGUUCUUCUACCUUCGGGUGUUCCUGGUGGAAGGCUCCGAGGCCUGCCCUGUGUCCCUGAUGAUGACUCUGUCCACCCUGUACCUGUUAGAGGAGGAUCUUGUGGGGUCCCAGGUGGAGCCCACUCUUCCAGCAGCAUCUGGUGAAGCCUCUGAGCAGUCCCUGCCCUUGGGGCUGGGCCCUUCUGUGCGCAUCAGGGAGCAGUGGCCCCUCAGCAGCUUGAGCUCGGUGCUGCUCUAUCGUACGGCCCCAGGGGACCUGAAGCUGGUCUUCUACGAUGAGGUGUCCCGGCUGGAGAGUUUCUGGGCGCUUCGUGUCGUGUGUCCAGAGCAACUGACGGCACUGCUGGCCUGGAUUCGGGAGCCCUGGGAGGAGUUGUUUUCCAUCGGACUCCGGACUGUGACCCAAGAGACUCUAGAUCUUGACCGGUGAGGCUUCUGUGCCCACCCCGCCUGCCUCGGGAGCCGUGGCUGCAGAUGCUCCCUCCUCGGACCCCUUCUGCGGACUUUGGCAGCCUUGGGGGCUCGUCAGUGAGGCCCCGGUGACCCAGGGCACACGGGCAGGGUGAGAGGAGUCGCUUGGCCCGGUUGGCCCCAAGGGGCAGGCUCCGUGGUUGGUAGGAAUGUUUCUCUUGCACUUUGUCUCAGGUAUCAAUAAAAUUGCUUCCAUUCCGGAUGCCA